GUGAAUUCUAUUGUUGCCUUAAUUAAUUUUGUGGCUAUUAGUAAUUAGUAAUUACAGGUCCAGAGUCAAGAAAGUAACGACGGGUUCAUAAAUACAAUGGGACUAGUGAAAAAGAUUGAGUUCGGGUUAUUGUCUGGUUACAUUUGUAAUGAGAGUUUUUGUUUAUACGCGAUCGGGUCCACCGCUAGUCUGAUAUCCAAAAAUGGAAACCAAUCUAAGUUAAGCAACUUGUGAUUUUAUCAUUUUGCGAAAAAAAACUAAUGAUUUGUUAGCAUAAGUAACUUAUGAACAUAUCAAAUAUAACCAAGCCAAUUCAUAUCAUACCUAAUUGAUUUUUAGACAUAGAUUUUUUCAGUUCACUAUAGUUAAUCACCAUUUUUUUUAACAUAGACUUGUCAGGGUAUGAUUGGAUGAAACAGUAUAUACAUAUCCUUACUAGUUGUUUGUAUUUUCUUUAGUAAAAUCUCAUACAAACCACUCUGUUUCUGUUUCUUCACUCUUUUUUCCAAAGAAGAUGGAAUCUGAUAGAACAACAGAGCAUCAUCUACCAUUCAUCCGGUUUCUAAAGAACGGCCGGGUCGAGCGACUUAGCGGCAACGACAUCAAACCUUCGUCUUUAAACCCACAAAACGACGUCGUUUCGAAAGACGUCGUAUACUCACCGGAGCACAACCUCUCCGUUCGUAUGUUUCUCCCCAACAAAUCUACAAAACUCGCCACCGCGGGUAAAAAACUACCUCUACUUAUCUACUUUCACGGCGGAGCUUACAUCAUACAAUCUCCUUUCUCUCCGGUUUACCAUAACUACAUCACGGAGGUUGUUAAAACCGCUAACUGCCUCGCCGUGUCGGUUCAAUACCGUCUUGCGCCAGAGCAUCCAGUUCCGGCGGCUUAUGAUGAUUCAUGGUCGGCUAUUCAGUGGAUCUUUUCUCAUUCUGAUGAUUGGAUUAAUGAAUACGCCGAUUUCGACAGAGUUUUUAUCGCCGGAGAUAGCGCCGGAGCCAAUAUAUCACAUCACAUGGGAAUAAGAGCUGGUGAGGAGAAGCUUAAGCCUGGAAUCAAAGGGAUUGUUAUGGUGCAUCCAGGUUUUUGGGGGAAAGAUCCGAUCGACGUACACGAUGUGCAAGACAGAGAAAUAAGGAGUAGAAUCACACAUAUUUGGGAAAAGAUCGUGAGCCCUAGUAGUGUUGAUGGGGCGAAUGAUCCGUGGUUAAAUGUGGUUGGAUCCGGGUCGGAUGUUUCCGAGAUGGGAUGUGAGAAGGUUUUGGUUGCGGUGGCCGGGAAAGAUGUGUUUUGGCGGCAAGGAUUGGCUUACGCGGCGAAGUUGGAGAAGAGUGAGUGGAAAGGAACCGUGGAAGUGGUGGAAGACGAAGAGGAAGGACACUGCUUCCAUCUCCAUAACCCUAUUUCUCAAAACGCUUCGAAAUUGAUGAGGAAAUUUGUGGAGUUUAUCAUCUUAAGUUGAAUCUUGAUGCUCAAGCAUGGGAUUAGAUGAAAUAAUCCUUCAAAUAAUCAUAUUGUUAACUUAGUUUAUGUUUUUAAUCGUCAAAUUUCGGAAAGUUCAACA